AUGGCCCUCGAGGCAAAGAUUAAGUUGAUGUUCCUCGAUGGCACUCUUGCCAAACCCGAUCCUUCAUCCACUGAUUCUACCAAUUGGGUGCGCUGCAAUAGCAUGGUGCGGUCAUGGAUUGUGCAUUCCACUGCACCUUCUAUUGCUCAUAGUAUCUUGUGGAUCGACUCAGCCACAGAUAUAUGGAAAGACCUACAUGAACGAUUUUCACAGAAGAAUGCUCCACGGAUCUUUGAGAUCCGUAAAACUAUCUCCAAUCAAGUUCAAGGCACCGACUCCAUAGCUGCAUAUUUUACAAAAAUCAAGGGAUUUCGUGAUGAGCUUCUUUCAUAUCGAACUCUACCAUCUUGUUAUUGUGGUGCUAACACCUCUUUGCAGACGUUUCUUACUGAAGAUUAUCUCAUGGAUUUUUUACAAGGGCUGAACGAAUCUUAUGCAGCCAUUCGUAGUCAACUAUUGCUUAUGGACCCAUUGCCCUUUGUCAAUAAGGCGUAUUCCCUGCUCCUACAGGAAGAACGCCAACGUUCCAUCCAUGAUGCCAUUUUGCCUACUCUUGCUGCCAUGGCUACCACACAUUUUCCUUCUUCAUCCAAGCCCAUCUACCAUUGUUCACAUUGUGGUAAAGAUGGUCAUUCGGAUUCAUGCUGCUUCAAGAAACACGGUUACCCCGACUGGUGGAAAGAUCGGACUGGUUCUAAACGAUUCAGCCAGGCCAAUGUCGCAAAGCCUGUUCGACUACCAUCUUUAGUGGCUGCUAUUACUACAGACUCCAAUACUGAUUCAGCUCCCACUCUCACAGCUGCACAACUUCAACAACUUUUGUCUCUCAUUCCGUCGGGUAACCAUCCUCUAGUAAACAUGGCAGAACCCGAAAACGAAGAGGACUUUAGCGACGGGUAA